UCCUUUAGCAGAGGGAGUAUAUAUUUUCUUGCUUGUGGGGAGACUUGGCCUGAAAUAUUUCAAGUUUUGCGGGGAGACUUGGCUUCAGUUACAUUCACUUGCCACGGCGUUUAGUUAUUAUCAUUGAUCAUUCUCUUUUUCAGAUUUCGCAGGAUAAUUCAGACUUGACAACUCAUAUCCCAAGCUUCAUCUCUCUACUGCUCGGUAAUGGCUUCUGCUGCUGCUUCUUCUUCUUCUUCUCAAACGCGCUAUGAUGUGUUCCUCAGCUUCAGAGGAGAAGACACCCGCAAUAACUUCACUGCCCAUCUCUAUCACGCCUUGUGCCAGAAAGGAAUCAACACUUUCAUCGAUGAUGACAAGCUUGAGAGAGGCCAAGUCAUAUCUCCUGCCCUUGUUGCAGCUAUCGAAAACUCCAUGUUUUCAAUAGUUGUUUUGUCGAAAAAUUAUGCAUUCUCUAGAUGGUGUUUACAGGAAUUGGUGAAGAUAGUAGAGUGCAUGAAAAGCAGGAGACAGAGGGUUGUCCCAAUUUUCUACAAUGUCGAUCCCUCGGAUGUGAGAAGACAGAGGGGCAUAUUUGGAGAAGCAUUGGCUAAACAUGAAGAGAACUCGGAGAACAUGGAGAGGGUGCAGAGUUGGAAGGAUGCUCUCACUCAAGUUGCAAAUUUAUCCGGUUGGGAUUCAAGAAAUAAGAAUGAGCCUCUACUAAUCAAGGAAAUCGUUACAGAUAUUUUGAAUAAAUUGUUAAGUACAUCUAUUAGUGAUACUGAAAAUCUGGUUGGAAUAGAUGCUCGCAUGCAAGAAAUAGAGAUGCGAUUAUGUUUGGGGUCUGAUGAUUUUCUGAUGGUAGGAAUUUGGGGCAUGGGCGGAAUAGGGAAAACAACCCUUGCUAGAGCUAUUUAUAGAAAAAUCACUUGUCAAUUUGAAGCAUGUUGUUUUUUUGAAAAUGUUGGGGAGGAUUUGGCAAAGGAGGGUUUAAUAGGAUUGCAACAAAAGUUUCUUGCUCAACUAUUGGAGGAACCAAAUCUAAAUAUGAAGGCACUCACAUCUAUAAAGGGAAGGCUCCACUCAAAGAAGGUCCUUAUUGUUCUUGAUAAUGUGAAUGAUCCAAUAAUAUUGAAAUGCUUGGUUGGAAACUAUGAUUGGUUUGGUCGAGGAAGUAGAAUUAUUAUAACCACUAGGGAUAAGCGUUUGUUAAUUUCACAUGGAGUACUCAAUUAUUAUGAGGCUCAGAGAUUUAAUUAUGACGAAGCUUCUGAGUUCCUUACACCCUAUUCAUUAAAACAUAAAAUUCCUUGUGAUGAUUUCAUGGAGGUUUCAAAAGAAGUAAUUGGUUAUGCUCAAGGCCUCCCAUUGGCUCUAGAAGUUUUAGGUUCCUUUUUAUUUAGCAUGACCAAAGAAGAAUGGAGAAAUCAAUUAGACAAACUGAAAAGUACUCCUAAUAUGAAAAUUCAAGAAGUACUUAAAGUAAGUUAUGAUGGGCUAGAUGAUAAGGAGAAGAAUAUACUACUAGACAUUGCAUGUUUCUUUAAAGGAGAGGAUAAAGAUUAUGUAAUGGAAAUACUAGAUGGUUGCGGCUUUUUCUCACUUAGUGGAAUACGAGCUCUCAUUGAUAAGUCACUCGUAACUAUUUCUUGGAGUAAUGAGAUAAUGAUGCAUGACUUAAUACAAGAAAUGGGUAGGGAAAUUGUUCGUCAGCAAUCCCUUGAAGAGCCUGGUAAACGUAGCAGAUUAUGGUUUCAUGAAGAUAUCAAUGGCGUAUUGAAAAAAAAUACGGCAACUGAAAAAAUUGAAGGCAUAUUCCUCAACUUGUCUCAUUUAGAAGAGAUGUUAUACUUUACCACUCAAGCCCUUGCAGGGAUGAAUAGACUUAGAUUGCUCAAAGUCUAUAACUCUAAAAAUAUUUCAAGAAACUUCAAAGAUACCUCCAAUAUGGAGAAUUGCAAAGUGAACUUUUCCAAGGACUUUAAAUUUUGUUACCAUGAUUUGAGGUGCCUAUAUUUUUAUGGAUACUCUUUGAAAUCAUUGCCCAAUGACUUCAAUCCAAAGAAUCUUGUUGAGCUCAGCAUGCCUUAUAGUCGCAUUAAACAACUUUGGAAAGGAAUCAAGGUUCUUGCAAAUUUGAAAUUCAUGGAUCUCAGUCACUCUAAGUACUUAAUAGAAACUCCAAAUUUUCGGGGAGUCACCAACCUCAAACGGUUAGUUUUGGAAGGAUGUGUGUCUUUACGUAAGGUGCACUCAUCACUUGGAGAUUUGAAGAAUCUCAUUUUCUUGAAUUUGAAAAACUGCCAAAUGCUAAAGAGCCUUCCAAGUAGCACUUGUGAUUUGAAGUCUCUUGAAACGUUUAUUCUUUCUGGUUGCUCCAAAUUUAAAGAAUUUCCUGAGAACUUUGGGAGCUUAGAAAUGUUGAAGGAACUUUAUGCAGAUGAAAUUGCUAUAGGAGUACUUCCCUCCUCUUUUUCUUUCUUAAGAAACCUUCAAAUAUUAUCCUUUAAGGGAUGUAAAGGACCAUCAUCUACGCUAUGGUUGUUGCCAAGAAGAAGUUCAAAUUCCAUUGGUUCCAUAUUGCAACCUUUGUCAGGUUUACGCUCUUUAAUAAGACUAAACCUCAGUAACUGCAAUUUAUCGGAUGAACCAAACCUUAGCAGUCUUGGCUUCUUAUCAUCGUUGGAAGAGUUAUAUUUAGGUGGGAACGACUUUGUUACUUUGCCUUCAACCAUCAGUCAACUUUCUAACCUAACGUUGUUGGGGUUGGAAAAUUGUAAAAGACUACAAGUACUUCCAGAGCUUCCAUCAAGCAUAUAUUAUAUAUGUGCAGAAAAUUGCACAUCAUUAAAAGAUGUCUCAUAUCAAGUACUUAAGUCACUACUUCCAACUGGCCAACACCAAAAGCGCAAGUUCAUGGUUCCCGUUGUGAAACCGGAUACAGCCUUAGCGGUUUUGGAAGCAUCUAAUCCUGGGAUUAGAAUACCACAUAGGGCAAGUUAUCAGAGGAUCGAUCCCGUUGUGAAACUGGGUAUAGCCACAGUGGCUUUAAAAGCAUUUAUUCCUGGGAGUAGAAUACCAGAUUGGAUAAGGUAUCAGAGCUCAGGGAGUGAAGUAAAAGCAGAGCUACCUCCAAAUUGGUUUAAUUCCAACUUCCUGGGUUUUGCUUUUAGUUUUGUCACUUGUGGCCAUUUCUCUUGCCUCUUCAUGUUGAAAGCGGAUGUCUUGUUUGAUUGGACAUCCAGGGACGAUUCUUCCUCCGUUGAUAUCAUUAUUGUCGAAAUGAUUUCCUUUAAGAGAAGGUUGGAGACGGAUCACGUGUGCCUGUGUUAUGUACCACUUCCCCAGUUGCGGAAUUGCUCUCAAGUGACUCACAUCAAGGUAUCAUUUAUGGCAGUCUCCAGGGAGGGUGAGAUUGAAAUUAAGAGGUGUGGGGUUGGUGUAGUGUACAGUAAUGAAGAUGGGAAUCACAACAAUCCCCCAAUGAUCCGAUUCAACUCUAUCUCCUCUCCUCCUCCUCCUCCUCGUAGUAAGUCAACCGUUGUCCUUGAAGAAAUCCAUGAGGAGGAACCUAGUGGAAAUGGGUGCUCUAAUGUUGAUGGCUCAGAAGAAGUGAGGAGGAACCUAGAACUGCUACUGUCUGCUCUGAGGAUCGGUCUGAAUCAGAUAUUCGGCCACAGAAAUGCUUGAAAUGCAGGCAUUAAUGAGGACAUCCCGUGAUCAGGAGAAACAGACCAGAUAAAUGCUUAAUAUGCACCCAAACCUUCCCAUAACAUCUCUUGGUGGGUUGUGUGUUUCUUUUCUUUUAUUUUCUUUUCUGCUGUUCUUUCUUAUCUGAUUUUGAGUAGAUGUCUUAAUUAAGACCAGUUAGAACUGUUUAAAGCAAGAAUUAAAAGAUCCGGUCAUACUGUUCGAAAUUAGAUUUGCUUAGAAUUACUCUCCCAUCAAUUCCUGAAACAAUUUGAUGAAUAAGUGAUAUUGUUUCUCACACAUCUUCAAUUUCAUGUGUUAAGACACAAAUGAUUGCAUAUCACUAGAAUCAUUGUGGAGUCCAUUUGUAUUUAUGCAUUCUCCUUCACUAAUCAUGGCGACUAAUCACAGAGUCCCCAGGUCUGUCUCUAGGUUGAUCAUCUUCAGUAGACAUACCAAUGCCUCCAUAUUGCUUUUGCAGUGGGUAAUGCAAUGCAAUUAACUGGGGUGAUGUAUUGACGAGGGGAUUAUUCUAGUGAAGGUGGAGGAGCAGAAGCGGAGGCACGAGGAGAAUAGAGAAAAGGUCUUGUAACAGAACCCAAUCUUCCAGAAUCUAAUUAUUGUUGCAUUGUUUUUCUUCAUUCUACGUAACUAAAGGAUUCACAGUACUCUAAAUUGUUAGAUUCUUCACUAGAUA